ACGACAUGGAGACAAGUAUGACAGUCACUCCCUUGAGAUCUCGCAGCCGAUCACCAGCGAAUGCUCUCAUUCCGAAUCUGGGUGUUCAUGCAACUGGCUUGCAAUACUACACAAGAGCUUUGGUCGGUUCUAGUGUGUCUCCUACAUGGAGCAAAAUCAAUCAAUGGCUGCCUGCCCGAGGUGGAGAUACUGACUUUUGGUGGAAAGUCACGGGGUCCCAUCUAGCGAGCAUGCUCUGGCAGGCCGGAUACCCGCCAGAGACACAACUUGAGUACCUUCUCUUUCACCAUCAGGUCGUGGUACCCUACCUAGGCGCCACGCCUCUGUCUACUACGCGCCUGCCAUACAAGAGUUUCAUGACGGACGAUUUCUCGCCGAUAGAAUACAGCUGGAAAUGGAAGAAGGACCAAAAGCCAGAAGUACGGUUGAGUGUAGAAUUGAUUGGAGAUCGUUCUGGUACAGCUACGGAUCUGCACAAUCAAUGUCCCACUAAAUGUCUCUUCCAACAAUUGAGCGGCAUGAUGUCCAGCGUCGACAUGACAUGGUUUGACAGGUUCUUGGAGGACUUCAAGCCCCAGGUCGGCCAAGAUGACGAAAGCAUCGAAUGGGAAUCCUCCGUCUUCGCAGGCUUCGAAUUGGGUAAACAUGAGAUAGGCUUGAAAGCAUAUCUUGUUCCUCGAAGUCGAUCCUGCUGCGACAAAUUCCUAACCUCCGGGUUCAAGGAAGCAGUCUCCGCUGUUCGAGGCCGAAACUGCGAACUCGAUGCCUUCAGUACACUUACCUGGUUCUUACAGAAUGACCCAGAUGGUAGGAAUCUGAACAUGGUUCUGCUAGGCAUAGAUUGUGUCGAGCCAUCAAGAUCACGUAUGAAGGUUUACAUGCGUACUUCUGUGACCUCUUUGGCACAUACCAUUGCGAUAAUGUCCUUGGGUGGCAGACGAUGGCUAGGACCUUCAACACUCUCCGACGUGCGACAGCUCUGGACCUCGGUCCUAAAACUUGAUUCAGAAUUUCCGGAAACAGCAGAACUGCCCGUUAGGACACACCAGACGUCUGGUAUACUCUUCUAUUUCGACAUAAAACCAACUGCGACAAUCCCGGACGUCAAGGUGUACAUUCCAGUGCGUCACUACGGCGGGACUGACGCAGAAAUUUCCGCCGGACUACUGGCCUUCAUGAUGAGGAGGUUUGGGAGCAGGAACUGUGCUGAAUAUUUGGACAUGUUGCGUGGGUUUGCGAAACAAGAGGAGAUGAACCGGACAAAUGGGCUACAGACAUAUAUCUCUUUCUCAGUCGGGAAGAAUGGAGAGCUUGAUGUGACUUCCUAUCUUAGCCCCCAAGUUCACAAGAGAUUAGGAAAUUUGGGCGUUAAAUAGGCAAAGCACUGGAGAUAUAGCAAAGUAAGGUCAGAAGUCGAGAAAUCGCCCGCACAUAUGUCUAAUUCUUCUGAU